AUGGGAGUUCCUGCCUUUUUCCGAUGGUUAAGUCAGAAGUACCCCUCUAUCGUUGUUCAUUGUGUCGAGAAGCGAGGCCAAGUAAUCGAUUCUGAUGGAACCAGAGCGCCCAUUAACCUAAAUGAACCGAAUCCCAAUGGCGAGGAGUUUGACAAUCUCUACCUUGACAUGAAUGGAAUCAUUCAUCCCUGUACUCACCCUGAAAACAAACCAGCGCCCAAAAAUGAAGCUGAAAUGUUUGUAGCAAUUUUUGAGUACAUCGACCGGUUAUUUGCCCUCAUUCGCCCUCGUCGUUUGCUCUAUAUGGCCAUUGACGGCGUUGCUCCUCGAGCCAAGAUGAACCAACAACGCUCACGCCGUUUCAGGGCUGCUAAAGAAUCACACGAUAAGCAACUGACAAUAGAACGCUUGCGUGCGGAGUUGCUUGCCAAAGGAGCCAAACUUCCACCCCUCAAAGAUACUUCGGAGCAUUUCGAUUCCAAUUGUAUUACGCCUGGAACACCUUUUAUGGAGCGAUUGGCAGUUGCCCUCCAAUAUUAUAUAUAUGAGAGGUUAAACAGCAACCCAGCUUGGCGGAACAUCCAGGUCAUUCUGAGUGACUCAAACGCUCCUGGAGAGGGGGAGCAUAAGAUAAUGGAUUUUAUUCGGCGACAGCGACAGGCACCAACCCACGACCCUAAUACUCGUCACUGUUUGUGUGGGGCGGAUGCAGAUCUAAUUAUGCUAGGCCUGGCCACUCACGAACCUCACUUUACCAUAAUACGGGAGGAGUUCAAGCCCAAUCAGCCUAAGCCUUGUGAUCUAUGUGGUCAGUAUGGGCACGAAAUGGAGGACUGUGUUGGGGCACCCAGUGAAAAUUCCGAUCGGCCACCUCCACCCCCAGGGACAGACGUUGAAUUUAUCUUCAUUAAAUUGGCCGUGCUUCGACAGUACUUGGAAGAUGAUCUCAAGAUACCAAACCUCCCUUUUCAGUGGGAUCUUGAGCGCGUUAUUGACGAUUGGGUAUUUAUGUGUUUCUUCGUCGGCAAUGACUUUUUGCCUCAUCUUCCAAGCUUGGAAAUUCGAGAGGGUGCCAUAGACCGCCUGAUCACACUUUAUAAGUCAGCAGUUUGUGACGUCGGUGGUUGGCUCACGGAUUCUGGCCGAGUUCACCUUGAUCGUGUACAGCUUAUACUAACGGAGCUGGGAAAGGUUGAAGACGAGAUUUUCAAGUCCCGACGUUCCGAGGAGUUGGCGUUCCGUGAGAGGCGCAAGCGCCAUAAUGGCGUUAGUGGACGCCAGUCCUUCUCAUCACCCUCGUCGGGUAUUCUGGCUCCCACACCAAUCGGCAAUAAGCCGCGACCAGGUGACUGCUCAAUUGCUGCUAAGGCGCUGCGAGACGAACGUAGACAGCCGAAUGUCAAUUGGGUUGAGCAGUGUCUACAGAAUCAAGAAGCUGCUGUGUCGUUGCGUGCAAUGCUCAAGUCUUCCACAAAUUCAAAUUUAGGUAAAAGAAAGUUGUUGACAGACGAUGCCGAUUCCGGUAGUGGAUCACCGACGCCAGUUAAGAGAGGCCGACUUGGUGGUGUGGAUGCCUCUACUCUCAAAGAAAAACCUGAUGAGGUAUUUGUAGUAGAUUACAAGCCUUCUCGCCUUAUAUUACUGCCCCCCUCCUCAUUUCAGGGAGAACUACCGAUGGACGAGGACGAAAAGGUGGAUAAGUUUGACGAGGUGCGCCUUUGGGAAGACGGCUGGCGAUCGCGUUAUUACCAAUCAAAAUUUGGUGUUGACCCACAGGACGCGCCUGAUUUCUGCAUCAGAGUGGCCCAUGAAUAUGUCAUCGGUCUGUGUUGGGUUUUAGCCUACUACUACCAAGGAUGCGCCUCCUGGGACUGGUAUUACCCCUAUCACUAUGCACCGUUCGCGAGCGACUUUGUUGACGUUGCCUCAGUGGAUCCGGGUUUCAGCAAUAAACGCACCAAACCAUUCUGCCCUCUUGAACAACUAAUGGGCGUUUUCCCUGCCGCCUCGCGUAGCCACAUUCCUCCUGCUUGGCAGGACUUAAUGACCGACCCAGACUCUCCCAUAAUCGAUUUCUACCCAACUGAUUUCAAGGUGGACCUAAACGGCAAACGGUACUUGUGGAUGGGCGUCGCGCUGCUCCCAUUUGUCGACGAGGUUCGUUUAUUAAAAGCCCUCGAUUCACGUCGAGCCCAGCUCACAGCAGAUGAGCGUUUCCGCAAUCUGCGCCGUCCCGUGCUUUAUUUUGUGCGCUCCGAUACCCCAAUGGGCCGGAUGCUUCUUUCCCUGUACAAGUCCAACGAUGAAGAGGAUGACGAGGUUGUCGUCACCAAAUUUGCCAGGGGUGAAUGCGCCGACUAUACUGGUAGUGCGCCAGCUAAUGCAACCCUUAUCAACUCCGCGCUAACUGAAGGCAUAUCUGGACAUGUUUGGCCAGAUUAUGACAACGCUUGUUUGCCUGGCUGUCGUAUGGCGUCUGGUGUACCCGGUAUGCUGCCUGACAUUCCUGCAGUUGAACAGAAAGCCAUUUCGGUGUUCUUUGAGAAUCCCGAAUACCCAUUUGGACACGUUUUUCCUGCUCGAUUGCUGGACUCGGUAAGGGGUUUCCUGUGUUUAAUAUUGGUCAAGUUACCUACGAGGUGCCAACUUUUGCCUUCCACGACGCGAGGUCGUGGGCGCGGUCGUGGGGGCCGUAAUAAUAGCAGUUCUCGUUUUGAUUCUCGUGAGAGUGAAUCCUUUCGAGGUCGCGAAAGGUGCUCCGUCACCAACGGGUGGGAGUCGUGCGCCAUGACACCCGCUCCUCUGGAACGCCACUUCGACCACCCCCACCACCAGUCCGUGGUUGAACGCAUGAUUCGUCAUGCUCUACCUACGCGUGACCAACUUCGGAACAAUCCAAGCCUUACCCACCUGCGUACCCACCACCUAGUGCCUAUGGCAAUCCCUAUGCUUGUCUCCCUGGAGAUCCGCUUUGGCGCCACCGCAACAGACUACCGUUUCGUGGAAGCCAUCAUGGCCGUGGUGGCUGGCAGCCCAGAAGAAGCUCUUACUAGUUUGUAA